AUGAUUUCCGAAGUUUCGGUGCACGAAAAACAGAAUAAUGAUUUGCCCAUAAAAAAUGAAGUCGAUAUGCUUCGUUGUGACGUUCCGGAUGAUGUUUCAAAAUCCUUUGACAGCUGCAUUGAUCUCACCUUGACCAAACGUCCACUGCGUUCUCGCAUUUUGCAUCACCUCCGACGAUUAGCGUUGCCUAUUGCAUUGGGGCAGUUGCUUUCCGCCCUCAUUGCGACUACUGCUAUUGCAAGUAAUUUCCUUGCGAACUUCGGAGUCAGUCUACCUCUUGUUCAAAACCUUCCUCAUUACCUACUUCUGGCCGUUAUUUAUGGAAUUGUUAGUUGCACUCGUUUCUGGUCUAACCCUCAUGAAAACUCUCAUUCUCUGUCGGGAAAACUCGUGAAAUUCUUUAAAACUAGGGGUUGGCAGUACUUUAUUGCUGGCACCAUCGAUGUUCACGCUAAUUGGGCUAUGGUUAGUGCAUAUGCAUUCACAAAUCUGACUAGUGUUCAACUUCUUGACUGUAUUACUAUCCCUACUUCCAUGCUACUAAGUCGAUUUUGCCUCAAGACUCGCUAUAAAUGGAUGCAUAUUGUCGGUGUUAUAAUUUGUGUAAUCGGAUCGGCUUCAAUGGUCGGUGCAGAUUAUCUAGCUGCCUCUAUUAAAGGGACGACUGAAAAUUCUACCACUGGUGGAAGCGGUAAUUCGCAACAUAUAUCUUCAGUCCUUCUUGGUGAUUUCCUAGUUAUAGCCGGUGCUAUUGGAUACGGUAUCUCUAAUGUUUACCAGGAAUUCCUUGUUCGAAAGUAUGGAAUGAUCGAUUAUUUGAGUUUUGCUUCUUUAUCUGCCACCAUCUGGACAGUAAUUUACUGCUCCACACUGGAGAGAAAUGCCAUCAUCGAAGCUAUUCGUGUGCACGAUCCCGCAAAAUUACCCUCUAUUGUAGGGUGUUUUGUGGGAUUUACGUUGGCGAUGUUCCUUCUUUACACCAUUAUGCCAAUGGCCCUUUCCAAGACAAAUGCGGUAUUAGUGAAUUUGUCCCUUCUAACAUCAGAUCUUUAUGCUCUCUUGAUUGGAAUUUACCUCUUCGGAAACAACUUUCAUCCACUUUAUCUUGCAUCUUUCGCUGCUAUUAUGAUUGGAGUAUUUCUCUUCGCAUCGAGGGAUCCCAUAUUCCGCGAUCUCGUGGAAACUCCCGAGGAAGAGGAUGAACUUCGAAUUGGGCUGUGA